AUGGACCUCAGUCAGACAACUGCCCGUCUCCGGCGCACAUUCCAAUAUCCCACAGACGACUCUUCAAACAGCGUGUCACCAGAAGCCCUCGACGAGGAAGAGCAAGAAAGCCUCAUCCAGUCCCUCGCCGACCAGAACGCCAGCGCCAAUCAGCUGUACCGGAGCCUCCUCCUCGCACUCCCCAUCCUGUCCUCCAUACCUUACAUCGCCUCCCUCUUCCAGCCCCUGACCACGCUACCCGCCCUGCUAGGCCUGACCUCUCUCGCCUCCACCUCCUUUCUCCUCUACAACCUACCUGUCACCGAGACGGGCAUCCCGCUCCUCGACGCGUGGGCGCAGUCAGGGAAAAGACCGCGGGCGAGGUCAGACGGCACCCACGACGAGGACGACCACGACGAUGGGCAAACAGCCUCGAGCUCAGCAGGCCCCAGCGGGCUUGGCGCGCUGAACCGGGUGCGCCAGCAGCGCCGGACGCACAGCCUGAGCUACGCCGGCCCCAGGAGCCCGCUGGAGAAAUUCCUGCCGUUGCUGAAUAUCGGGCUGUGUGUGAUCCUCGUCCUAUCUGGUCUCCUUGCCAGCCGAAACAGAGCAGGGGAAAGCGACGGCCAGGGUGGGGAUGAGUACCGACGGACCCUGUAUGGCCGGCUGGGGCUUGCCAACAUCCCUGCGAUCGUGUACGCCGCAGUGCUGGUUGCCAAGGUGGUCAUGGCGGGCGUGGACCCAGAGAGGGAGCUUGGGGCGCUGAAGUAUGCAUAUAAGGGCGCAUAG